UUGUGCGUUCCACUGGCAUCAUUAUAAGGCCUCAAACUCAAUCACACUCUAUGCAAUAUUGUUGUUGUACUCAGCUCAACCUUAGCUUCAUUAUCCUUUCUAGACCUAGAUUUUGCAAUGAAGCUUCACGCCCGCCAUGAAGAGUUUGGCCUUUGGGAAAGCCAAAGCCGAAUUCUUCAUCAACACACAGGAAAAAUUGUUGUUACAGCAGCCCUUACCUUAACUCUUCUGAUCAUCAUCCCACUUUAUUACCCUUUGUUAGGUUAUUUUCCAUGGAAAGCUUCUUCUUGGUCAUCAUCUACAGUAUCCUUGUUUGGUUAUGAAGAUGAUAUACAGGAUUCAACAGGAGUUGCAGCAGCAGCAUCAGUUAAGCAGUACUGCGACAUUUUUAAUGGAGAAUGGGUUCCAAACCCAGAAGCACCGUAUUACACAAAUUCCACUUGCUGGGCCAUUCAUGAUCACCAGAACUGCAUGAAAUACGGGAAACCUGAUACUGGGUUCAUGAAAUGGAGGUGGAAACCAAAUGACUGUGAGCUACCCAUCUUCAACCCAGCUCAGUUCCUUAAGAUCGUCAGAGGGAAGUCCAUGGCCUUCGUUGGAGACUCGGUGGGGAGAAACCAAAUGCAGUCCCUGAUAUGCCUCUUAUCAAGGGUGGAGUAUCCGGUGGAUGUAUCCAAGACAUCAGAUCAACAAUUCAAACGGUGGCGCUACGUCUCCUACAAUUUCACAAUUGCAUCUUUCUGGGCACCCUAUCUUGUCAAGGCAAAGCAAGCUGACCCCAACAGUCCCCUCUACACUGGCCUAUACAAUCUCUACCUCGAUGAAUUCAACGAUGAAUGGGCCAGCCAGAUCGACGAAUUCGACUAUGUUAUCUUCUCCGCCGGUCACUGGUUCUUCCGGCCAACCAUGUUCUAUGAGAACGGCCAGCUCGUAGGGUGCUACUACUGCUUCAAAGAGAAUGUCACAGACCUUACCAUGUCCUACAGCUACAGAAAGGCCUUCCGGACUGCAUUUAGAGUCAUUAACAGCUUAGAAAACUUCAAGGGCAUUACGUUUCUGAGGACCUUCUCUCCUUCACACUUUGAGAAUGGUGAAUGGAACAAGGGAGGGGACUGUGUGAGGACUAGACCCUUUAUGAACAAUGAAACCCGUUUGGAGGGGAUAACUUUGGAGCUGUACUUGACCCAAAUUGAGGAAUUCAAAUAUGCAGAGAGAGAAGGAAGGAAGAGAGGUUUGAGGUUUAGGUUGCUUGAUGCAACUCAAGCUAUGCUACUGAGACCAGAUGGGCAUCCAAGCCGUUAUGGGCACUGGGCCCAUGAGAAUGUCACUUUGUAUAAUGAUUGUGUGCAUUGGUGCUUGCCUGGGCCCAUUGACACAUGGAACGAUUUCCUGCUUGAGAUGUUGAAGAUGGAAGGCAGAAGAUCGUCUGAAGAGCGCCUGCACUUGAUUGACAGAAAGAAUAGAAUUAGGUAAGGGUAUUUAUUUUAUUAAAAUGGCAAUUCUUAUCUGUUUCUCUAUUCAGAUUUUGGAAAAGAAAAAUAAAUAAAUUCAUCCAGAAGAAUCUGGUGGUUAUAAAAAUGUAAAAGCAUUCAAUUAAUCCAUCAAAUUAUACAAGGUUUGGCUUGUGUGUUUGCACAAC